AUGGAUUCACAGAGAGGAGAACUGAUAUUUGUGCUUGGCUCUCCUGGGGCGGGCAAGGGAACUCUUUGCAAGAGGCUUGCAAAAGAUUAUGGCUUCGUGCACCUUUCCAUCGGAGAUCUCCUCCGGCAAGUCGUCUCAUCAUCCAACGCAGAUAAGACUGUCAUCGAAUUCGUACAACGUGGAGAGCUCUUGACUAAGGAACUGCUGUUCCGAAUUCUAGAACCUCAUCUCAGGAUUUUGAAGAGAGGAUAUAAUAUUGUGCUAGACGGUUUCCCUCGAAGACUGGAUCAAGCAAAGGAAUUCGAGACAAUUUUCCAGCGCCCACUGUUGACUUUGUUCUUCAGCUGCCCUAAAGAGCUAGCUGAAGAACGAGUUAUCUGCAGGAGAGAAGGCCGAGACGGAGACAACCGGGAGACAUUCCGGAAGAGAUAUGCCGAAUUUGUAAUGCUGAACCCGCCUCUGCUUCAUUAUUAUGAGGAAAACGGAAGACUCAUCACGGCAAGCAAUGAAUCUAUUUUUUCAUAUUACGUCGACUAA